UUGAAGUGGGAUGAUAAAAAAAAACUCAGAAAGAUGAAGCAGCUGAAAGAAAGAAAACAGAAGGAGGGAGAGAAAGAAAGAAAGAAAAAAUAAUUUUUCAGACAAGGUGAAAGGAGGAGGAAAAGUGUCCGACAGCUGCGGAAAGAGGGAGGAGGCUAAAACAAAUCAGAGCUGUAUAGAGGUGAACAAUAGAGCGAGAGUAGGUUGAAAGCAAUGUAAAAGGAGGAGAGAAGGUUGCUAUUUGAGUGAACAUCAGGAGCUGUGUAUAUAUACAAUAAAACGGAGAGCUGGCUGAAAAGAAGAAAGGGAUUUAUGAAGUGAAGUGAUUUCAAGUGGAGAUGAGUCUAACAGUGAUUCUGGCAGCUGUAGUGGGCUUCACCGCUCUGUCUUCUUGUUACUCUGGCGAGAACACCACAAGACUGGCCAUAACAACAGCUGAUCUGUCUCAGGUCAGAGUGUUCAAUGAGGAGAUGGUUAGAGGGCGAGGGGACACACCAGACAUCAUAGAACCUGAACCCACCGCUGCUGUCUCUGAAAUGGAGAGCACUUACAACUACAUCUUGUCUAGACUGGCAGCGAUGGAUCAGGCUAUCCACAGGCUUAAUGUGGGACAUUACACAUUGGACAUUAAAGUUACACAACUGUUGGAAAGAAUGUCUCGACUUGAGAAUAGAUUAGGCGACACUGAGGAUGCCAUUCAAGAAGUCUCGUCCUUCUGCAAGGACAAUCGCAAAGAGAUUGGACGACUAGAGGGCUGCCAGAAAGGCCGUAAAAUGGGUUACAAAUGCUUCCUGGCAUACCGUGUGUAUGAGACCUACGCAGAUGCAUCCCAGAAGUGUCAGGAGCGGGGAGGACGCAUGGCUAUGCCACGAGAUCGCAAGGAGCAGGAAGCUUUGGCUGAAUAUGUGAAAUCAGUAUUCCAUGGAAACUGGCCUGUGUGGCUUGGGAUCAACGAUGAGCGCUCUGAAGGUCUCUACCUAUUUGAGGACACAACUCGUGUCACUUACUUCCAAUGGAGGAAGCACUUCCUAUCAAGCCAGCCAGAUGGUGGGAAACGAGAGAACUGUGUAGCCAUGUCCUCAGAUGAUGGAGACUGGUGGGACACCUACUGUGAAAGACGCAUGUAUUAUCUGUGUGAGUUUGAUGUUUGGCCUUGAUAAAUUCCUAAAUGGCUUCUAAUUAUGAUGUUCAAGAGCAGCUGUUAAAUGUUUCAAAAACAGUUGUUGCACAGGUAAAAUUAGGGCCAGUGAAUUUAAUGAUUCCAAUGAAAUGGUUAGAUAAAUGCAAAAUCUUUCCUGUUGACAUUUUUCCUAUUGAAACAGCAAGUUGGAGUCAGACGUAAAUAGAGCUUAACCUCCUGUCCCCCUUGAAUCCAAAAGCAAU